UAAAAUAAACCUGUUAUUAUUCAAUUUUAUAAUAAUUUAUAAUUUUUAGGGUUUGACUGAAGAAAAAGCCAAACAAAUAUUUUUACGAGAUGGUCCUAAUGCAUUAACUCCACCAAAACAGACUCCAGAAUGGGUAAAAUUUUGUAAAACUCUCUUCGGUGGUUUUUCUAUGUUGUUAUGGAUAGGCGCUAUUCUAUGCUUUAUAGCUUAUUCUAUUCAGGCUUUAUAUAGCGAAGACCCCGAAAUGGAUAAUCUUUAUUUAGGUCUAGUUUUAGCUAUUGUGGUUAUUGUAACGUCAGUUUUCUCCUAUUAUCAAGAAUCUAAAAGUUCUAAAAUUAUGGAAAGUUUUAAGAAUAUGGUGCCUCAAUAUGCUCUAGUAAUCCGAGAUGGGAAAAAAUUAACCUUGCCAGCAGAAGAAGUGGUUGUUGGAGAUCUCGUUGAGGUAAAAGGUGGCGAUAGAAUUCCUGCAGACAUUAGAAUUGUCUGUGCACAAUCAUUUAAAGUAGAUAAUUCAUCACUGACUGGAGAGUCUGAACCGCAAACGAGAAAUUCAGAGUGUACUCAUGAAAAUCCACUUGAAACGAAGAACAUUGCAUUCUUUUCAACAAACUGUGUCGAAGGUACUGGAAAGGGUAUUGUCAUAUAUACAGGAGAUCGAACUGUUAUGGGAAGAAUCGCUAAUUUAGCAUCUGGAUUACAAAUGGGUGAUACUCCAAUUGCUAGAGAAAUUUCACACUUUAUCCAUAUUAUCACAGGUGUUGCUGUGUUUUUGGGAGUUUCUUUUUUUAUUGUAGCUUUUAUUCUUGGUUAUAACUGGUUGGAUGCUGUUAUAUUCUUAAUUGGAAUAAUAGUAGCUAACGUUCCAGAAGGUCUUCUUGCUACAGUAACCGUAUGCCUCACUUUAACUGCUAAACGAAUGGCUAAGAAAAAUUGCUUGGUAAAAAAUUUAGAAGCUGUGGAGACGUUAGGAUCAACGUCGACGAUAUGUUCAGAUAAAACUGGAACACUCACACAAAAUCGAAUGACUGUGGCACAUUUAUGGUUUGACAACCAAAUAAUUGAAGCAGAUACUACAGAAGAUCAAUCUGGUAUUAAUUACGAAAAGACUUCAGAAGGUUGGAAAGCUUUGGCUCGUGUAGCCUGUCUAUGCAGCCGAGCUGAAUUUAAACUAGGAGAGAAGAAUCUUCCAGUGAUGAUGCGAGAAUGUACAGGAGACGCAUCAGAAUCUGCUAUAUUAAAAUGUAUGGAACUUGCCUGCGGAAAUGUCGAAGAAUAUAGAAAUCAGCAUCCAAAAGUGUGCGAAAUUCCUUUCAAUUCUACCAAUAAAUAUCACCUUACUAUACAUAAAUUACCGGAUAGCAGCUAUUUGAUAUGUAUGAAAGGAGCACCAGAACGUAUCUUAGAUAAAUGUAGUACCAUCUUCAUAAAUGGAAAGUGCAAGAUUUUAGAUAACGAAAUGAAACAGGCCUUCAACGAUGCUUAUCUAGAACUGGGAGGAAUGGGAGAACGGGUGAUAGGUUUCUGUGAUUAUGCCCUGCCAACUGAUAAAUAUCCACCUGGUUAUCCUUUCAAUGCUGAAGAAGAGAAUUUUCCUUUAGAAGGAUUUAGAUUUGUUGGUUUGAUUGCUAUGAUAGACCCACCUCGUGCUGCUGUUCCAGAUGCUGUAUCCAAAUGUAGAAGUGCAGGAAUCAAGGUAAUAAUGGUGACAGGAGAUCAUCCAAUUACUGCAAAAGCUAUCGCUCGAGCAGUGGGAAUAAUUUCUGAAGGAAAUGAAACCGCUGAAGAUAUCGCAGAGAGAUUAAAUAUACCAAUUGAUUCUGUUAAUCCUAGAUCGUGUAUUUUCAGAGAUGCUAAAUCUAUUGUAAUUCAUGGAGGACAACUAAGAGAAAUGGAGCCAGACCAAUUAGACGAAGUGUUAAAAAAUCACUCAGAAAUCGUUUUUGCUAGAACUUCACCUCAACAAAAAUUGCUUAUUGUAGAGAGCUGUCAGAGGCUGGGUGCCAUCGUGGCUGUUACUGGUGACGGUGUUAACGAUUCACCAGCUUUGAAGAAAGCUGAUAUUGGUGUUGCAAUGGGUAUCGCCGGAAGCGAUGUUAGUAAGCAAGCUGCAGAUAUGAUUCUACUGGAUGAUAACUUUGCUUCAAUUGUUACCGGAGUUGAAGAAGGAAGAUUAAUUUUCGAUAAUUUGAAAAAAUCUAUCGCCUAUACGUUGACUAGCAACAUCCCAGAGAUAUCCCCUUUUCUAUUAUUCAUAUUGGCCGAAAUACCUUUACCUCUUGGAACUGUUACGAUCCUUUGCAUUGAUUUGGGUACUGAUAUGGUACCAGCUAUAUCAUUAGCAUACGAAGAACCAGAAAGUGAUAUUAUGAAAAGGAAACCUCGUGACCCAAUUAAAGAUAAACUAGUAAACGAGAGGUUAAUAUCAAUGUCUUAUGGACAGAUUGGAAUGAUGCAAGCUGCUGCUGGAUUUUUCACUUAUUUUGUUAUAAUGGGAGAAAAUGGAUUUUGGCCUAUUCACUUGUUUGGUUUGAGAAAAUCGUGGGAUAGUAAAGCAGUUAAUGAUCUUAAAGAUUCAUACAAUCAAGAAUGGACUUAUAACUCUAGGAAAAUAUUGGAAUAUACUUGCCAAACUGCAUUCUUUAUCUCUAUAGUAAUUGUACAAUGGGCCGAUCUCAUAAUUUGUAAGACUCGCAGAAAUUCUAUUCUUCAACAGGGAAUGAAAAAUCACAUGUUAAAUUUUGGUCUUGUGUUUGAGACUGCAGCAGCAGCUUUCAUUUCAUACUGUCCUGGAAUGGAUAUAGCUUUGAAGACAUAUCCUAUAAAAUUUCGUUGGUGGUUACCAGCGUUACCCUUUUCACUCUUGAUUUUCGUCUAUGAUGAAACACGAAGGUAUAUCCUUAGACGAAAUCCAGGAGGAUGGGUAGAGAAAGAAACUUAUUACUGAAAAAUAUGAUUCGUCAUACUUCAAGAUCUUUGGGGGAAAAUUAUCACACUGUCAUUCAUAUCAAUACUUGUACUUUUUCUAAGCAUAAAAUUAAUAAAAAAAAAUUUAAUCAA